AUGACUGUGGAAAGGAAUGUCACAGAGGUCACCCAGUUCAUCCUCCUGGGAUUCUCAGAUUUCCCCAGAGUCACACCACUGCUCUUUGGCGCAUUCCUGCUCAUCUACAUUACAAGUCUGACCUGGAACCUGUCGCUCCUUGUUUUAAUAAGGAUGGACUCCCACCUGCACACACCCAUGUAUUUCUUCCUCAGUAACCUGUCCUUCAUAGAUCUCUGCUACGUCAGCUCCACAGUGCCCAAAAUGCUCUCCGACUUCUUCCAGGAGCAACAGACUAUCACCUUCAUGGGUUGCAUUACUCAGAACUUCAUCUUCUCUACAAUGGGACUGAGUGAAUCCUGUCUCAUGACAGCCAUGGCGUAUGACCGGUAUGCUGCCAUUUGCAACCCGCUGCUCUAUUCCUCAGUCAUGUCGCCCACUCUCUGUGUCCAGAUGGUGCUGGGAUGCUACACAGCUGGACUCACAGGUUGUUUGUCUCAAAUAUGUGCCUUGCUUCAGCUCCACUUCUGUGGCCUUAACGUCAUCAGGCACUUCUUCUGUGACAUGCCCCAACUGCUAAAGCUGUCCUGCACAGACACGUUCUUUGUUCAAGUCCUCACUGCUAUAUUGAUAAUGAUUUUUGGCAUAACAAAUGUCCUGGCUAUCACCGUUUCCUACGGCUACAUAGUCCGGUCCAUCAUGAAGAUCACGUCGGCUACAGGCAGGUCCAAGGCAGUCAACACCUGUGCUUCUCACCUGACAGCCGUUUCCCUCUUCUAUACUUCCAGCAUCUUUGUGUAUUUGAGUUCCAGCUCUGGCGGCUCCUCCAGCUUUGACAGAUUUGCAUCUGUUUUCUACACCGUGGUGAUCCCCAUGUUGAAUCCCUUAAUUUACAGCCUGAGGAACAAGGAGAUCAAAGCUGCCUUCCAGAGGUUGAGGAAGAAGAUGGCCUGCUGCUACUUAGGGUCACAGAUCUGGGAUUGCUGA